AUGUUCAAGGCUCGUCCCACCCCGACCAUCGUUGUCCAUGUUCUUCCUCCAAGUGGCACACCUUUUACAAUGGACAUCUUGCCAGACACGGGUGCAACAGAGUCAUUGAUCUCAGCUGAUCUUGCCCGGACUUAUGGCAUCGUGAUUGACACCUUGAGAUCAUGUUCCAUUCGAGCUGCAAACAAUUCGAAAAUGCGAUGUUACGGUGCUGUUGAUCUGAUCAUUAGUCGUCUGGGAAAGUACAAGGCGUCCGUGACUACUUACGUGACCCCAGAUCUCCAUAACCAAUUUUUACUCUCUUGGCAUGGGAUGAUCGAGCUUGGCAUGCUGCCCAACACCUUUCCGUUACUUCCCGAGGAUGCUCAUUCUAAUGAUCUCGACCCAUCUGACGGUUCGGCCGUCCAAAUUCGAUCGACCACCUCGGAGCCCUGUGGGAAAGAAAUCGAAGGUGCCAUCAAUAUGCUUAUGGAAAAAUUCCAAUCAGUUUUUGAUUGUUCCCAAGUGCUUAAGCCCAUGAAAGGCGACCCCAUGGUCAUCCAUCUCCGAGACGACAUUCCUAUCACGCCUACUCAUGUGAACGUGGCUCGCAACAUUCCCUUUGCUUACCAAGAGAUGACAAAGGAAGAACUGAAGUCAAUGACUUCCUCUGGUGUCAUGGAAGAGGCUCCCGAGCCUUCUCUUUGGGUCAGCCCAAGCCUAGUUAUUCCCAAGCCCAAUGGUUCCGCUAUUGGCAGGUCGAACUCGACAAGGAAUCACGGCACCUCACAACAUUCCUCACCCCUUUUGGGCGCUUCCGUUAUUGUCGAGCCCCAAUUGGGAUUAAACGCGUCUGGAGACGAAUUCUGUGCCAGAGGAGAUCGAGCCCUCUCCGGCCUGGUUGGUGUCCGAAAAAUUGUCGAUGACAUCCUUAUCUGUGGAGAAUCCAAAGAUGAUCUUAUUCAAAAAACCAAGGCCGUUCUUCAACGCUGUGCAGACCACAGUAUCACCCUCUCCAAAGCUAAGGCCCAAGUUGGAUCGUCUGUCAAAUUCGCUGGCUAUAUCAUUAGUCGGGAUGGUGUCAGUCCGGAUCCAUCCAAGGUGGCCACAAUCUCCAAAUUUCCAGCCCCCACCAACCUGACAGACCUUCGGUCAUUUUUAGGUCUGGCCAAUCAAUUAGGACAUUUCGUUCCGGAUUUGGCCCAUGCCUCACAGCCACUUCGCAAUCUCUUGAAGAAAGAGAUGUCAUUUCAGUGGCUUUCAGAGCAUGAAGAGGCAUUUCGAGCGCUGAGGAAAUUCUGA